CAGGGAUGGCGCUAGUCCCGAUCGGGUGGGUUCAACACACGGAACCAGCGCGCUUUGCACUGAGGAUUCCCUUGCACCUCACUCACCCAAAAUGAAAAACUGAGAGGUGCAUGAGAUCGGUGACUUGAAUCUGGCAUCCAAUAUGCCGAGCCCUGUGGAUUUACCGUUCUCUCCCUCUUGUUUUGAUGCCCUUUCCUGGUCAUCAGACGGUGACCUUGCCGUGGCGGCGGGCGAGUAUGUCCAGAUCCUGACACCAAAGAAAUUGGAUACAGAUUCCUCUGCUCCUAAAAACCAAGAUGAGUGGAACAUUACACGCAUCCGUGUCAAUCUCUUCACUCUUGCCGAGUGGCAGUUUAUUCAACCCCAGAAUCGAGAUGACUUCUCCCUCGCAGCCGAGCAGUCAACAGGUACAGUGGUGGGUGUGGCUUGGUCUCCACCGGGCUUGGCCCGAUUUCGCCGAAGUGUGCUCGCUGUUCUGACAUCGAAUCUUCUCCUGUCUCUAUGGGAGCCUGUUGGCAUCCAAGGCCAAUGGACACGAGUCGCCAUCGUGAACCACAUCUUCCACCUUGAUCCUACAGCACCGGCUCAGCUGACUGGCUUGGAACUACGAAGAUCAAAUAUUCGUUCAUUCCAAUGGUGUCCACCGUUACUUGCGCCCCGCUCUCAGAAUGCGGGUUUAGCACCCGAGUCUGAUUCUCGCUGGGGUGUGCACCUACUUAUGGUGACCAACGACGCCAAUGAGGCCAUUCUUCUACGCGUGCUGAGGUUAAUGAGUGGGAAAAUAUCCUCCGUACCCUACUCUAUUGACAAGCUGGCACUCUACUCAAUGGAGGACGGCCAAGAACGUUAUCCGCAAGCUUGCUCCGCAUCGCUUCUUCGGAGUGCGCUCCAUACCAAGGCACGGGCCCUGUCAGUGUCUUGUGGUCCAUGGCUUGAGGUGCCCCGAGCAAGUGAAGAUGGAUCCUAUUCUGCUACGGCCGUUAUUGCUACAGUUUUCGGGACACAAAUACGAGUUUUCAAGAUCACGGUGACCUUGCUUGCAUCCAAUCCGGUUGAUGGUAUUAUCACUCAAUAUGAGGCAAGAGCAAGACUCUCGGAUCAUCCGUUGAGCUCAUAUUCCUCGAAAUGGACCCCACGCCCUGUGAAUGGCCCACUCAACUGGGCUUCCACCAACCAAUCGGCUGCGAUUACUCUUACAGCUCCCACAAAUGUGGGCUUAUUGGUCGUAUCCAUUCCUCGUGCUGUGUAUGAUGGCAGUGCAACACCGCCCGAUGAGCUCGAUACCCGUGAGUGGCCUUUAUCCUCCAUCGCCGACGAGGACGGUGAAGGCCCAAGGAGAUACAUGGAACCGAUUUCGGGGAUGACUGCCUUGUAUGAUGAGCAAAGCGGCGUGCUGAGCCUUCAUUUAGGCACAAUGAGUGGAUUAGGAGCCGUUCUAAACCUAGAUGAAUCUAGAACUGAUGGUAGCCCGAGAUUACCGCAGUGGAGGAAGAUUGUUGAGGACCGUCUCGAACAAUUUGAUCUCGAUCGUGAUUUGGGUGGACAGAGCGUCGCCCGAAUCUGGGGACUUGCUUCCUACCGCGGCGUGGUUGCCGUGCUCUUCUCCAGGCACCCAACGGAUAUGAUCGAAUAUAGAGUCACAUCCGAUGAACGGUCUGUCCUGGCAUUUGGCUCUGAGGACCCAGAUUACUCCCCGGACAUAAAAACACUUCUUGCUCCAAUUAUCUCGGCCACAGAGUCGUGGUCGCCGGCGGAUCAGCGGGAGGCAGCGAUAUCGUAUGUGCUCUCGAGCAUGGAUGAGACAGCUGCAGGGGAUCCAGAGAGCCAAAGGCUCAUCUAUGCCUCAGCCUGCUGCGCCAUUGUUGAUCAGAAAGGCGAAGCUAUCCGAUCUCUUGCUCGACAGUCGUUAAUACGGCUAGCAGUCCUGACAGGUGCGGACCUGACCGAGGAAAUAACCAGAUGUGAUGAAGAAUUCCCAACAUUAUCUGCAAAGUCCCUCGAGCAUCUCAGCGGCCCGGGGGCACACAUGUUCGAAAAGUGCGAGAUUUGCGACGCGGGAAUUGCUUGGGUUUCAGCCACUGAGGCCCAAUGCACAGAGGGCCAUCUCUUUGUACGUUGUGGGCUGAGCUUCCUGGCCAUUCAAGAACCCGGACUGUCCAAGUAUUGCUCUCGCUGUCGGGCAGAAUACAUCAAUGAAGAGACGAUUGCUCAAAUUCAUGAAGGCACCCUCUGCCCACUUUUCAGAAAUCUCUUUGAGGCCUUUGAUACGUGCCUAUAUUGUGGGGGCAAGUUUCAGGCCAGCAUCUAGAUUCUGCCAUGAUAUGUUCUGGAUGCAAUACAGCGCAAUCGUUCUCUAAAAGAUCUUGACGAAAAGACUUUCUGGCUGAUGAAGGAUUUCAAUGACCUGGUUCAUACGUAUUUCAUCACCGAGAUCAUCUAUGUUAAACCGAGCAAAGUUCCUGCAAUCGGAUCCCAUUCGUCAUCCCAUCGACAUAAGCUCUCUUUCUGGGCACCUGCCCGCAGGCGAUUCAAUUUUUGGUCAUCACUGAACAAGUCGACCAGCUGAUCUGUCAGCUCUCCCGCGCUUCCAAAACCCAUCCCAUUGACACCUUCUGUCACCAACUCUGGCCAGGCCUCGAACCGAUUCCAGCCAACAACCGGCAGUCCCGCGCCAAACAUAUCGACAACCUUCAUUGGAAGGUCAACGCCGCUGCUACUGGUGUGCAGGCUGACACCCAGAGAUGCCGAUGCCAACAGAGACGCGUAGUCUGGCACCGUUAACCAUGCGGUGCGAAUGGUAACCUUUUGAAGCUUUCCUGCAGCUUCCAAGGUAGUGAUCUGCUUCAGAUACAUUUCCUUCUGCGGUCCCUUCCCGGUAAUGAUGGCUAGGAUUUCCGGAAGGUGUGGCUGGGCUACGGCGAUUUCGGAAUACUUUACCAAAGCCUCAAUGAGGACGGAAAAGUCCUCAUCUGGAGUCCAUGAAGUGGAGCUCACUAGGACCCGAACAUCGCAAUUUUUGAGCAGCGGGCGAACAGACUCGGUUUCUGGGAGAGUUUCAAGGAACGCAAUGCGUUCAUCUGGGCUGGCAAUGGGAUGAAAAUGGCUCGCGGGUCGGUCAUGUAAUGACAGAAUGGGAGCCUCAAGCUGAAAGUCCUUCUUUAAAACCCGCCCCAUUGCAUCUGUUACACACAGGUGGGCUGAAGCCGACCAGCCGAAGAUCUUUUCAUACCAAGUCGAUAGCUUAACAAGAGGGUGGGUGUCGCCUAGCUUGAGCGCAAGAAUCGAGUAUCCAAAGUUAUGCCAAUCAAUGAUGAGCCGUGUCUGGCGUAGGAAACAAGACAAGGAUGUCACUGCUAGAGUGGGAAUAGAGGGUGGAUUCUAUUGAACAUAAGCUUGCGUCCAAGCCAUUCUCACUGGUGUUGUCGACUUACCUGUACGAUAAUCCACCGCGCGGGGGCAGUCGUGUAUGCAAGACAUUGCCAGAGACAAGCGAUCUGGAAGAGAACCUUCAAUGGCCCAAAUAUCGUGAACAGAAGCUUAUUGCUAGUCUGUAGGAUGGCCGGAUGAGGACGCAAGGCAACGAUGGUGAUAUUUGGGUUCGAUACAAUAUCGGGGUGGGGGUCGGAUUCUAUUCAGCGAAGUAUAAAAAACGCCGAUUAGCUCUAAAGUCAAUGAAGAGGGG